AUAUGUGAAGCGUGAAGGUGCCGUUACAAAGAGGCAAACCCGCGACACAGACUCCACCAAUAUAGCGGACGCCAAAGUAAUCAAACUCAAACUCUUAUCAUUAAUUUUGUUCCACCUGAGCCUUGGCGGAACAUGGGAAGGUCACGACACUGUUUUAUCCCACAAUGCAAAGCCUCGUCCAUCACAUCGCCUCACAAGAGGUUCCUCACGGUGCCCAGAAACAUUGAGCUGAGGAAGCUGUGGUUCCGGGCAGCUCAGCGCCAGGGCGAGGAGGUGUGCCGCAGCUCCUUCUGGUGCUGUCCAGACCACUUCAAUCUGAAGGAGGACUUAGACAAUUAUAAGAACUACAUAACUAUUGGGAGCCCAGCAAAGUUCAAGCCGGGUGUUGUGCCUCAUAAGUUUGACUGUCGGAAGAAACGUCACAAGAAUAACGACCAGCAGUGUACUACUUUUGCAAUAAAGACAGACAUUGACAGUGACACACCACCACCAGCGGAGGCGAUGAGUGAAGAUAGUGAUCCUGUCAACCACCCACAGUCUGCUGCUGAACUAAUGAAUGUCCAGGUGGCUGCUGCUCUCUCUACCAAGAAACUUCCAAGACUGAGACGCAUCCUACCUAGGGUCUUGCCAGAAGAAGAGCCAGCACAAAAGCCAGCACAAGAGCCAGCACAAGAAGUCCCUGGCAGGCAGAACAAGAGAAUGAUGAAGGAUCUGAGUCUGCAGGAGAAGAUGGAAAUCUUGAAGAGGUGUGAUGCUGGUGCCAUAGGGAGAGAUAUAUGUGCAGAGUUCAAUAUCAAGUUAAAAACCUUGUAUAACAUUAAAAAGAGUGCCAAGAAGAUCCGUGCUGAUGCCCGGGAGAUGCAGCACUUAAUGGCUGCCAUGACAGCCAAGAAGAACAAGAGUGGACCGAGCAGCCGCGCAGUGCUGGACUCCCGAGUGUUCCGCUGGUACCAGCAGAAGUGUGCCUCCGGCAUGCACAUCACUGUUGAUGAGCUUCAGAAUGCAGCCACAAGGUUGGCCAAACAACUUCAUAUCAAAAACUUCAAGGCAAAUGCUUGGUGGCUGGUCAAGUUCCAAUCACGAUACAACCUGACUGAAUUAAGAGAUGCUGAGGAAAGUGACGGUGCUAAUGAAAUGGCCGUGUUGCCCUCGGAGGAGCUGGAUCAAGACAUGGCGUUUUCAUCGACACAGCAUGAAGAGCUCACCGACCCCCUCGCACCCACAGAAGCUGUGUUCAUCGUGGAGAAACAGACAGCAGGAGGAGCAAUGGAAAAUGAAUAUGUACAACUAAAAGACAACGACUCAUGGCAUGUCAACACACCCACACAAGACCCACACACCACACCACUUGUGUACACCACACCCACUCAAAGUGUACACACCACACCAGUAGUGUACACCACACCCACCCAGACCGUACACACCACACCAGUAGUGUACACCACACCCACCCAGAAUGUAGAUACCACACCACUUGUGUACACCACAUCUAUCCAGAAUGUGCACACCACAUCCACCCAAAGUGUACGUACCACACCACUUGUGCACACCACACUCACCCAGAAUGUACACACCACACCACUUGCACACACCACACCCACCCAGAGUGUACACACCACACCCAACAUGAGUGUACACAAUCAAACCAGCAAUAAUGUACACAGCACACCCAGCCAGAGUAUACACAUUCCAACCAGCAAGAGUUUACACAAUCAACCAAGGCAGAGUGUACACAGCACACCUGGGCAGAAUAUACACUGGAUAUCCAUUCAACCCAGGCAGAGUGUACACAAUCCAGCCAGUAAUAAAGCACAUAAUCAGCGCCGGCAGAAUGUACACAGCACAUCCAGCCAGAGUGUACAAAGCAAACCCAGACAAAAUGUACACACCACGUCAAGCCACAGUGUACAAAACCAAGAAGUCAUUGAUCUUGAGCCCAGUGAAACCAAUGGAGAAAGCAACACCUGUGAGCCACUGCCACCGCCGCCACCACCACCACCACAACCGCUACCACCACCACAACAACCACUACCACCACCACAACAACCACUACCACCACCACAACAACCACAACAACCAGUACCACCACAACAACCACAACCACAAUCACUCCAACUACCACUAACACUAGCACUACCACCAGCACCAGCACCAGCAUCGGAGCAGGACGCAGCCUUGCAACGGGAGAUAAGGCAGGAGCUCAGGGAGAUGAGACAGUUUAUGAGGGACAUGAGCUCUUCCAUGCGAUCCAUUAAAAACUCAACCAAAGACAUUGCCGAAACACUGAAGACCGUGGCUGCUGCUUUUUGCAACGGUAUUAGAUAAUCAUCAUUUUGUUUGUAUGUAAAUGUUAGCAGAGAGAGAGAGAGAGAGAGAGAGAGAGAGAGACUGAAUCGAAGUUAUUACCACGUCAAGUUUCAUGUCUGGUAUUCUAAAAAUCAUCCUCGAGUGCUUCAUUCUGUAUGGUGUGCAGUAUUAACUUCAUGGUGGUCCUUCUAAACUGAACCCUGAUAAAUUGAUAGCAAACUUAUUUCCAAGAGAUAUUUAGAUCCCAACCAGGCUGUGCGAUUUGACUGCACAGCCCAAUCCUAGCAAUGGGCCCAAUCGUAACGAUGGUAUUUUUAUAUAAUCAUGCAUACAAAGAGAGGUAAAGUACAGCUGUUGUGGGGCACUAUCUCCACUUCCUGUGUACUGAGUUUUCCUUAAUAUUAAGUUUUCUGAUUUUUUACACAUUAUUUACCAUGUUUUGUAAUGGAACUGCCUGCAAACCAGAGGACUUAAUAAUUGAAGUGGGAAAACCAAAACAGAUGGAAGCGAGUGGGAAUGUUGGCACUUAUAAUGGAAGCUGUACCCUGUGUGUUGUGUACCUGGAGACUGUGUUGGUUUUGUGAGGUUUUUAGCAGGUAACUGGAUUUGGUCUUGAGAGAAAAGAAGCAAAGUAAUGAUAGUGUUAUUACUGGAUUCAAGGCAACAUUUGCACAUUUCUGGAAACACUAGAUAUUUUAAGUUUGUCCUUGUGUUAAUAAAGUUAAUGAGUUCUUAUUUGACAUUUGUUCAUGUGAGGCAGAAAUAUGACUUUCCUAUAAUAAACUGAAAAGUGUAUCCUGUACUAUUGUAAGUUAAGUUAUACCUUGAUUGUUACUAAAUAUUGGAUUGGUAUUGUGAAUGGAUUUUAUUUUUUGAAGAGGUGGGAUAAGAAAAAUGGGUUUUUGUGAGUUAAAAUUAAAAUAAAGUAAAAGAUUCUCAAGUUCAUGAUGAUAAAUGUAUAGAUGAAAGUGCAGAGUUUAAAAAGAGACCUGUAUUGUUAUGUUAUUUUGUACCAUGAGAGAGCAGAGUUUAAAAAGAGCUUUAGUGUUUUGUUUGCACUAGACUGGUGAAAAAUAUGUACAUUUUGCUCUGAGUCAGAUUUCUCAAGCAGUAUUUUCUCAAUAAAUUUUUAAAGGAAAACAAA